GCAGGGGGGGAGAGAGAGAGAGAGAGAGUGAGAGAGUGAGUGCUGGCAAUGGUCAAGGGCUGCCCGGGGGCUCGUGUUUGUCCAGACAGAGGAGGCCGAGGCGCUCAUCCUUUCCUCUUACGCUUCGCUUUCUGCGAGAGCUCCAGCUCACAGCAAAGCGCGCAUACACAGCACAACUCAUCCAACUCAUUCGCUCGCUCACUCACUCACUCCCUCGCUAGGAGUAGGAGGAGGAGGCUACGAGAGCUGAACGACGACAACGAGGAGUUGGAGAGCAGUAGCGAAGGGAGACUGAUACCCGAGAGGGAGAGGAGACGACGACGAGGGGAGGAGGAGGAGUUGUAGUAACUACGAGUGCAGGCCGUAGAGUAGUUGUACUCUGUAGAUUCUUAUUUUCGGAUUUCAAUCCAGCAAAGCCUACGCAGCAGACUCGACUCGGUCAAGGGCACGGUGUCGGGCCAGGCCUGGGCUCAAUCGGACGGCUGGAGUCUAGAUUUUUGCUUUGCGAGAAGUUUGGGUGGGAGCGAGUGUGCGUUUUGCCUCUAUUUUUUUCCAGAGGCCCUCCCUGAAGAACGAGAGGAGGAGGGACGGAGUUCGGGAGGAGUGAGGCCGAGGGAGGAUUCGAAUGAAUGCUCGGUGUCGUCGGAUCUAGGUGGUCGAGUCGACGACGAGUUGAACAUUCCGAGGCAUGAGGCUCGGGGGUUGCGCUGCUGCCGCCGCUGUCGAGUAACUUUUGAUCACCCCAUCUCGUCUCCUCCUCGGGAGCGUGGGUUGUACUGCAGUGCAGUGCGUCCCUCGCCUCCUCGUCCUUCUGUGAAUGCCACUCACUCGACCUGGCUCCUGAGCCCCGAGGGCAGACGGUACGGGAGGCAGUGUUGUUGAAGGUAGGAAGUCACACCAGGAGCACGCCACAGCCACUGCCCCGUUCAUGUUUCGCACAUUUGUGUAGUCUGGAGGCUCUCCUUCGUCUCAUCAGCAGCAGCAGCAGCUGCAGCUUCAGUUCCAACUGCUGCCUUGUCGUUGUGCCUUCAGCGGGUCGCUCCUCUUCCUCAGCAUUAGUCUGGUCAAUGUCCUGCAGCGGGGACAGUAUUCGUCGAGAAGCAAUUGCCAAUUCUUCCCUGGGCCCAUUCUUCCACUCGCUCUCAAUUCGGAUCUCCCAUCCGUCCAACACUGUCUUUCGCAAUCACUGAUCCACCGCCGAUUACUGGAGAAUCGGGAACAGCCUCAGAGUUUCCUCCCCUCUCGCCGGUUCGUCAGCUAAUUGAGCGCAUUUCUCCACACUUGCAGCAGCAGGAAUUCCGCGGACAAUUGCGACACACUCUGGUCCGGGGGAUCUACACCAUCGGCGGUGGCAGCUGCCCGCAGGCUCUCCGCCACCUCUCGACCAAAGCUUGUGCUGCUAAUCCUCCGAGUGUCCACAACAACUCAGCAGGCAGGCUACGCUCCACGAGCCCCGUGCCCACAUCUGCGCAUCUCGACAUUUUCAGCCCGUAGCAGUGAGCGGCUUCUCCACGCGAGCCUCUUCGUUAAUGACGGCUACCGUAUGAGUUUAUCACUUUCCGCCGGAUCGACGACAAUCAGCCAUGAGCUUGUGCACGGCCAGAAUCUUGCGCAGGCAGGGGAGACUGUGGGGAAGGAGGGCCAACAAGGAUCCACAACAAUGUGUGCAGGGAAUCGAAAUUUGAGCGUAAUUGGAUAACGAUUAUUGAGGCGUCGGGGAGGGAACGAUUCGUUAAGUUCCAAAUAUGGCGGAAUCCAAGCGUAGUUGGCCGUGGAAGAAGAAAUCGCAGGAGAAGGUUGCCUCUGCUCCAGAUUCCACCGAGUCUUCACCGCGACCCUCUCCUCACUCCUCCAAGUUUUUUGACGAGCAGGAUGUGUCCAAAGUCGUGUCGGACCACAAUCGCUCGUCGAGCGACGUCCUGACACAAUGGCAGCAAUCGGAGGCGAAGCUGAAGAACUUAAGCGACAAGCUGUCCGUGGCCAUCACAGAGAUAACAGCCAAGGACAGCUUGGUCAAGCAGCACGCGAAGGUCGCCGAAGAAGCUGUCUCUGGAUGGGAGAAAGCCGAGGCCGAGGCAGCGGCUCUGAAACAACAACUAGAUCUGACAAUCCAACACAAGUUGGCGACGGAAGACCGAGUGUCUCAUUUGGAUGGUGCGCUGAAAGAGUGCAUGAAACAACUGAGGCACGUGCGAGAAGAACAGGAGCAGAGAAUUCACGAAACAAUGGUGAAGAAGACCAGAGAGUAUGACAAGCUCCGGCAGGAGAUGGAGGCCAAGUUGGCCGAUUUCGGCCAGCAUCUGCAGGAAGCACGUGCCGAAGCCCUGGAGUCGCGAGGGGAGGCUCGUGCGAUGUCGAACGUAUUACAGGAGAAAACCAAGGCGCUCUCAGAGGUGGGCGAGGCCAAAGCUCGAGCCGAAGCCGAGGUCAAGAUUCUGCAAGUCCGGCUGGAGUCUCUGGAGAAGGAGAACUCUAAUUUGAAGUACGAGCUUCACGUGCAGAACAAGGAGUUGGAGAUCAGAAACGAGGAGAGGGAGUAUGAAAGGAAAGCCACGGACAUCGCCAGCAAGCAACACUUGGAAAAUGUGAAGAAGAUUGCCAAAUUAGAAGCGGAGUGCCAGAGGCUGAGAAUUCUGGUCCGCAAGAAACUCCCGGGACCUGCCGCGUUAGCGCAAAUGAAGCAGGAAGUCGACGCCCUGGGAGGAAGCAAGGAGUACGAUGGCAAGCGGAGGAGGUCCCUGGGAAGGAGUACCACCUCCAGAGAUUCUGACUCUGCGCUCGAGUCGAUCCAUGACAGUUACCAGGAGAGUAGUAAUCGAGAGGCAGACGCCCUCGCCGACAGGAUGGGAGCUAUGGACGACGAGCUGAAACUGCUCAAGGAGGCACUCGCCAAGAGGGACGUGGAGCUUCAAGCUUCGCGCCUCAUGUGUGCGAAAACAGCGAGCAAGCUCUCGCACGUGGAGGAGCAGCUUGAGGCUGCUCGAUCUGGAGUGAAAGGAACCAGCGCUCCGCGUUUGAUCUCUCACCAGCGAGAAGGAUCGAGGAACAGCGGAUUCAUGAUCAAAGACGGCAGUGACAGCAAUUCUGUCGAUGCCUGGGAGGCGGCCUCGGCAUUGAUCGCCGAACUGGACCAAUUCAAGAAAGGCACUGACAAGCAGCAGCUCGGACCGGGCAAACUGGAUCUCAUGGACGAUUUCGCGGAGAUGGAGAGGCUGGCGAUGGCCUCGGAGACAUCGGACUCCGAGAAGAAAGCGGACGGCUCGAGCGGCCAAGACAACGCAGAGUAUCUCCAGAAGCUGGCGCAGAAGGAACGAGAGCUGGACGCGGCCAAUCGCUUGUGCCAGGAGCUGAGCCACAAGCUGGCCCAGGCCGAAGAACACCUUGCGACUCUGCAGUCUCGGAAUGCGGCCAACGAAUCGGCGAUCAUCGGGCUCCAGGAGAAGCUGGACAAGCUGGGCGAGUCUCAUCACACCGACGAGGGAGCCAAAAUCAACAAAGCUCUGGAGGAUCUCGUGGAAGCGCAGUCCAUCUCGCUGAGGAAUGGAGCUGCCAACGAGUCGGUUCUGUACGAUGAAGAGGGCAGUCACAACGGUGGGCGCAUGAGCAAUGGGGGCAAGAUCUCCAUGGCCUCGAGGAGCUCGUCGGAGGUGGGGUACGAGGCCAACGAGGACCUCGCAUCAGUCUUGUCGGACGCCGAGUCCAAAGCCAGCACCAUGGGGUCGGACCUGCCGGCCAUCGUCCGCCGAGUGGUGAGGGCUGUCGAAGCCAUGGCUCAAGCCACCGGAUCGGAGCACGAAGUCUCUGGCAAAUCUCGAGCCCACUCGAACUCGUCGUCCUUCGACCGAUCGGGCCAUGAUCAGAUCCUUCCCUUCAUCCACUGGAAGAACCGGGAGCUCGAUGGGAACAUGCAGGGCUUGAUUGUGAUGAGCAACAAGCUUCUGCUGGGCAAAGCGGACAUGGUGGACUUCCUUGCGGAGCUCACCGCCGUCCUCAACCUCCUGGUGAACGUAUGCACGCGCAAUGUCGAUCAGCUCGUCGAGAGGAUCGAGAGCCAGGCAGAUGGCAUGAGCUCGAGGGAGAAAGAAGAGGAGCUCCGAAGAGUACGCUCGGAAAAGGCCGCUCUGGAGUCCCACAUGCGAGCCGAGAUGAGUCGCUUGUCCGGCCUGGAAGCAGAGCUCGAAAGCACCAAGCUCGAAAAAGCCGAAGUGCAGCGAUGUCUCGACGUCGCCAACGAGAGAUUAGAAGCCACAUCCAGUCAGUUGCGGGAAGCGGAGAAGCUGGCCUCCGAAGUGCACGGCUCGCACGAGCACAUAGAAAUCGAGCUGCAUGAUCUGGCCACAGCCAAGGCCGAGUUAGAUAGGGAGGUCACCGUGCUGCACAAGAAAGUCGCCCAUCUGGAAGGCGAACUUCAGGCCGAGAGGAGGAGAUACCAAGAGGUGGUCGCCAAGUACCACGACUACCAACAACAGCUUCACAGUAAUGGUGGUGGCAGCGAUAGUUCAGCUGGCUCGAUAACAAGAGAUGGAGAUUGGGGAGCGAACAACAUGCGUCACCAAUCCGUAGAUGAAUCAGAGCUCCGUCUUCGGAAGGAGCGGGAGAUUUCGUCUGCAGCCGAGAAGCUAGCGGAGUGCCAGCGAUCGAUUCUCGACCUCGGAAAGCAGCUCAAGGCGCUAACCUCACCGCGCGACUCGUGCGAUGCGUCGUACGAGUCCGACACGGCCUCGUCCAUCGACAGAGCAACGCUGAACGGAGAGCAUCGGGCGGCGCAAUCGCAACCCGAGGAAACGCUGUCCGAGAACAACAUGGUGUCGGACAUGCACGAGCGCACGCCGUCCGGGCGAUCGCGCGAAGACAGCAGCACGCCCUGGAGCACGCCGCGAGCCAACUCCGUGACCGGGAGCCCCUUCGUGGACCGGCGGAGGAGCCCGAGCCCGAGCCCCCCGCAGCACAGCCACAGCAGCAGCAGCAGCCGCGCCGCCACGCCCAAUGGCCACCACUACCCCGGCGCGUCCUACACGAGCCGCGCCACCACCGGCGAGUUCAAGCAGGGUAACGGGUACCACCACUCCGGCAGCAUGGGCAGCGCCACGCCCAACUAUCAGUACGGCGGCGCCCUCGGCACCCCGGCCGCGUCGGAAUUCUCGCUGCUCGGCUCGUUGUCCGUGCCCGCCUCGCCGGCCCGGUCGCCGGCCUCGGGGCUGCCCUUCCGCCCCCGCGGCACGAGCCCGAUGCGAUCCGAUUUUUCCCACUCUUCCAGCAGCGGCAACGGCACCAAGGAGGGCGGGGACUCCGAGUCCAGCACCACGAGCUUCAGCCGGUUUUACGCCCGCACCAAGAGCAGCGGUCGCCUUGAUUAAGAGCCCGUCACGUCGAAUCGACCCCUCCCUCCCCCUUUAAACCAUUGAGUUCCCGUCGGACGAUGAUGUAGGCAAGAGACAGGAGAGAAGCGAAGGCUCCGACUUGCAGUUCUCUGAAUGAAUGAGAGAGAUUUUGAGAUGAAAAUGAGAUGAGGCUCGUGAAGGAUGAGGACACAUUGUAGAUGAAUUUGGGGCCGCCAAGAAAGACGAAAACGUGCCCGGCGAGGCGAGCCCCAGGCACGUCCCGUUCCUUGUAAAUUUUCGAGAAAGGCUGGAUUCCUGUUAAUGGUACUUGUGAGAAUCGUAGACUCGAACGCUAUCUACGACUUCGGACUCUUCAUGGGCGGUUCUGUGCCCCUUGCAAGCAGAGCCACGCAGAUUCUGUUCUCGGCAGUCUGGAUUAUGGGUUGAGUUUCAUAAUCCCAGAUUGAGGCGCCCAGCACGAGACACGAUCUUCAACUGAUGAUGUUGAAUAAAGCAAGAUGCCAGAACUCGUCGCCAACGCUACGGUCGAGGGGGCCAUACCCGACCUUCCAGCAUAAACGCACAUUGUAAAUUUGAAGCUAAUCUGAACUUAUAAACGCACCGGUACGACUAUAGGACCCUGUACUUUCCAGUCAGUCAAUAUGUGAAGCAACUCACGUCGAUAGAGCAGUUUGUAAAGGGUAGUAGAGGAGAUUCGGGAUAAGGAGUAAUGUGGUAGACACCCAAUUACCUGAACUGUAGAGUAAUCAUCAUCCUCAUCCUUGUAUCGCAGCAUUCUCCUUGAAAGUAAACACUUCGAUCUGUAAUUCGAGUCUUU